UGGGCAGCACUUGACUACUGAUUUAUUUAUGUCUGCUUUAGUGUGUUUACUGGCUUAUAUCAUUUAAUAUUUAAGUGAAACUUAAUGUAACGGCAGUAUUAAACUACACAAUCUUUCUAUAUUUUUACAGAAGUCAAUGAGUUUCUUUCAAUUAAUAACAUAGUACUUCUGAUAAGAGGAAGAUAAGUCACUUGUUCACAAUAAUCUGAGAGCUAACCCUAAACUUAGUGGUUCAGUAAAUCUUAACAAGAAUUAUUAAUAUUAACAGUUAAAAAAGAGGAUACAAGAAUCCAAAAUGCCAGAAACAGCAGAAGAGGAUAUGAGUCUAUCAGUUCGUCUGACGAACGAUGAUUUUAGAAGACUUUUGAUGACACCAAGAGCCUCAGUUCCAUCUACCACGCCAGCUUCAAUACCAGGAACAGCUAGAGAUGCUAGUGCUAAGACGGCACAGACACCUACAGUCAGUGGUGGUAGUCGUGCAGAGCUUCGUAGAAAGAAAAAGAGUUUCUAUGCUAAGUUAAAGAAGCAGGAGGAAGAUAAAAUGGCAGAAUUAGCUGAAAAGUAUAGAGAUCGUGCCCGUGAACGUAGAGAUGGCACAAAUCAGGAUUAUCAGUCUGAGGAUCCAAUGAGCAGUGCCAGUGCUUAUCGUGCUGUUGCUCCGGAUUUAAAAUCUGGUAUGGAUGCUGCUGAACGUAGGAGGCAAAUGAUUCAGCAGUCUAAAUUCUUGGGAGGUGACAUGGAACAUACUCACUUGGUGAAAGGAUUGGAUUAUGCCCUCUUACAAAAGGUACGCAGUGAGAUUGAGUCAAAAGAACAAGAACAGGAACAAGAAAUGGAAAAAUUAGUGAAGCCCAAGGAGAAGGUAAUAGAGAAAAAAGAACCUGAGAAGAAAGAAGAUGAAAUGCAAUUCAAAACAAAGAUAGGUCGCAACGUAUACAAGACAAUAAUGACUAUGAAAUCGAAGCAUGUGGAAAGAAAUGAGCUUUUUACUCCAGGUCGUAUGGCUUAUGUCAUUGAGUUGGACGAUGAAAAUGCUGAUGUCGACAUACCAACAACUCUAAUCAGAAGUAAAGCCGAUGUACCAACAGUAGACGCUACUCCUACCUUGACAACAAACGACAUAGUGAUCAACAAACUCGCUCAAAUUCUAUCCUACCUGCGUCAAGGUAACAGACACGGGAAAAAAGGAAAGAAGAAUAAAGAUGGUAGAAGUAGAAUAGAUGAUACAAACGAUGGGGAUGCGCCAUCAAGACCUCAGGACGAUAGUAUAUAUGGAGAUAUAGGUGAUUACAUACCCUCCGUCAGUAAAAAGGACAGUUCGCACUCAAAAGACAAGAAGAAGACAUCAUAUUUUGACAAACCAGUAGAAACUAGCAUUGAUGACAAAUCAAAUGCUCCACAGUUACCUAGCGUAUUGUCAGUAGCUGCCGAAGGCAGUGCACCGAAGAAAGGAACUCUACUAAAUAAACUUGCAGCAGAGCCUGAAGGAUAUGCUGAGUGUUAUCCAGGUCUAGAUGAAAUGCAAGACGCUAUUGAUGACUCUGAUGAUGAGGUUGAUUAUACGAAAAUGGACCUGGGUAAUAAGAAAGGUCCAAUUGGUAGAUGGGACUUUGACACACCCGAAGAAUAUAGCGAAUAUAUGAACAAUAAAGAAGCUCUACCCAAGGCAGCUUUCCAGUACGGCGUCAAAAUGGCAGACGGACGAAGAACAAGAAAAUACAACAAGGAAAAGAAUGAGAAAGCGGAGUUGGAUCGUGAAUGGCAGAAAAUUCAAAAUAUUAUGAACAAGAGAAAACCUGCAGCUGGUCUAGAAUCUGCACCGGAGUUCAAAGUUCCCAGAUACUGAGGCACUCCCUGUGUUCUUGUAAGAGUCUCUAUCACGGCAAUGUGGUCAAAUAGAAUUGAAGUGCAUAAACGUAAUGCGUAAAUCAUUGUUUUGCGUAGAAGUUUAUGGCUACGCAUAACUUAAGAUAUGUUAAACUUGGUGAGCCUGAGGUUAUUUAUAAAGGAAAAAGGUCAUAGAUAAAAUUGAAGAGACGAUACGGUUACAAUAAUAGUUAUUAACAUUACAGCAUGACUUUGAUCAGUAUUCGACUGUCAGGCAGUUGAUUCAUCGAUAAAUAAAUACCAAUAAACGAAACACAUGAUUUAUUAUA